AGACAAAGAAUAGAUUCAACAAAAUACUACCGUAUGAACACUCUCGUGUAAAGUUGAUGGCACUGAAAGGCAAGUCUGAGACAGACUACAUUAAUGCUAACUAUAUACCAGGGUUCAACUCACCGAGAGAAUAUAUCGCAUGCCAAGGACCUCUACCAGAAACAACGAAUGACAUGUGGAGGAUGAUCUGGGAGAAGAAAUCAACGAUCAUUGUCAUGAUGACACAGACUGUUGAAGGAGGCAAGCAGAAUAAGAUGAAACGUGAAGUGAUCCAGCUACAGUUCACUUCCUGGCCUGAUCAUGGUGUCCCCGAACAGACAAAACCUAUGUUAGACUUCGUGAAGAAUGUGAGAGAACACAUCCGCAAGAAGUGCGUCAUAAAGCCUGUUGUUGUUCACUGCAGUGCUGGUGUUGGAAGAACAGGAACAUACAUAGCACUGGACCGUCUAACACAACACAUGGAGGAUAAUGACUUUGUAGAUGUCUGUGGAGUCGUGUGUGAGAUGAGAAUGCAUAGGAACUACCUAGUACAGACUGAGACGCAGUAUAUCUUUAUUCAUGACUGCCUGGUUGAUUUCUUUCACUCUGAUGUAGCUCCAUGA